AUGGCGCUCGGUCGUCUGUUCUCGUUCAUGGCCAGCGAUGUCGCGGAAAAGACGAACAUUCUGCUGGAGCACAUCGAAAGGGACGCUUCGUCGCAAAACUACUGUACGAUCAACUCGAUGCUGAAUUUCGAGGUAAGGGAGGGCAUUGUGCACAGAACGAUUUACACUCGCAGCGCCGACGGUACCCUUCCGUCCGGGUCGAGGACGCUACUGCGCCUGCACCGGGCUCUGCAAUUCGUCAUCAGGUUCAUCGAUGGCGUCAGACGUUCGGCUGAGACCGACCGCAUGGCACCGGUCGCCAAGGCUGGCUACGACGGCACUCUCGGCCAGUACCAUUCGUGGUUGAUCCGACAGGGCUCUGGAGAGGCAGAAGCUGUGCCCAAAGGAUCUCCUGGAUAUCUGUAUUCCGGACCAUGUCGACACGCCUAA